AUGAAGGCAGAUAUGGAAGCCUUAUUCGAGCGAGCAAACUUAUUGGAAAUUGCGCCUCAUCUCAGUGGACCACUACCUAUUAUGCUACCCAUUUAUAAAUUGUGGCAGGUUCCUUAUUACUGGUUUGGUAUUAAGUGUUACGAUUUGGUAUCCGGUAGAAGAGUACUAAAAAACUCGUUUUUCAUCGGUAAAGCGAAAGCGAUGGAAAGGUUUCCUAUGCUGAAAAGCGAAUCGCUUAAGGGUGCAUUAAUAUACUACGAUGGCACACAUAAUGAUGCCCGUAUGAAUUUAGCGAUAGUACUGACCGCUAUAAGGCACGGAGCAAAGUGCGCAAAUCAUGUCAAAGUCGAGCGCCUACUCAAGGAUGCCAACGGCAAGAUAUGCGGUGCCCAUGUGAAAGAUAUGAUAUCCAAAAAUGAAUGGGAUAUCAAAGCGAAAGCGGUCAUCAACGCCACCGGACCAUCCACAGACACAAUUCGUGUGAUGGCCGAUCCGAACAUCAAACCGAUUUGCGCCCCCAGCUCCGGUGUCCAUAUAGUGCUACCUGGAUACUACAGGUGA